CCCUGCAUCCCCAAGGCAAGAAUCAUCACCCUCUCCCCAGCCCUCCAUCCACCCUGCUCCCCGCCCGCCUGCAACGCAACGCUCCUCGCGCCGGGCUGCGCUCUGAUCAGCCGAGCAUUCACCGCGCCUCCAAAUUGGUUUGUCAUUUCUGACCCCUCUCUCUCUCUGCGCCGACCACGGUCCUCUGCUCCACUGCGCUCUGCGCCCGUGGACUUCAGCAGAAGUCACUAAGAACAUAAAGGCAGCCGAGAAAGAUAAAAAGAGAGAGGGAGGGAGGGAGGAAGGGAUACAGACAGACGGAUAGAGAGAGGGAGAGACAGAGAUACGCCUCUGUCCUCCUCCGGCGCUCCGCUGGACUCAGUGCGUUUGGACGGACUGACGGACGUGAUACCUCCUACUGUGCGAGCUCUGAUCGGGAUACUAAGCACGCAGCUAUUGGUUUGUUACACCCUCGGCUUCUUUAUUUCGAUACCCUCUUUCAGGAACACUUGCCAAUGUCGUUCUGCAGCCGCGAGAAUUAACUAGAGCCGGAGUCGAGGCACAAACCAACCACUGAAAUUUAUCGACUAGGAAGAUACGUUUGUACACAAGAAUUGCGUUCUGGUGACUGUAUAGAGCAAAGAAGGAGAAGAAGGAGAAAGGUUAUUCCCGACUCUUCUCUGCGCUGGAUGUGUAAGCUAUACAUGCGCCUAUACUGCUGCGACUGGCGAUAAGAACUGGAACAUCCGGCUGGCACUGAGAUGUGAUUCUCACCAGUUUCAUUUCACUUUGACAAAGCAAAGUACACCAGUAACAGGUCUGUAUGGUGACAGGAAGACUGAGCUGUGACAUAUAAACAGCUCGCCACAAGACCGUCUGGGCUCAGCAGGAAGUACCUCCAUAUCUACUUCCAGGUCAUCCUCAGACGUCAUGUGGACCAGAUGCCUGCUCUUGAUCUCAACCUUCUUUUCCCCCAUAGCCAUUGUUUAUGGCCGUGCCCCCAUCCCCAUGGCAGUAGUCCGCAGGGAGCUGUCCUGUGAGUCCUACCCCAUUGAGUUACGCUGCCCAGGCACAGAUGUCAUCAUGAUUGAAAGUGCCAACUACGGCCGCACUGAUGACAAGAUCUGCGACUCGGACCCCGUCCAGAUGGAAAACACGCGGUGCUACCUGCCUGAUGCAUACAAGAUCAUGUCACUCAGAUGCAACAACCGUACGCAGUGUGCUGUGGUGGCCGGCCCCGACGUCUUUCCCGAUCCCUGCCCCGGCACAUACAAAUACCUCGAAGUCCAGUAUGAGUGUGUUCCUUACAAAGUAGAACAAAAAGUGUUUCUGUGCCCCGGCAUUCUUCGGGGAGUUUACCAAAGCGAACAUCUCUUUGAAUCAGACCAUCAGUCUGGUGCUUGGUGCAAAGACCCGCUGCAGGCCUCUGACAAGAUCUACUACAUGCCCUGGACACCAUACCGCACGGACACGCUGACUGAGUAUUCAUCGAAGGAGGACUUCAUCGCAGGCCGUCCCACCACCACAUACAAACCGCAUCGCGUGGACGGCACUGGCUUUGUCGUCUAUGACGGUGCGCUGUUCUUCAACAAGGAGCGGACCCGCAACAUCGUAAAGUUUGACUUGCGCACGCGCAUCAAGAGCGGUGAGGCGAUUAUUGCCAACGCCAACUACCACGACACGUCGCCCUACCGCUGGGGGGGCAAGUCGGACAUUGACCUGGCGGUGGAUGAGAACGGUCUGUGGGUGAUCUACGCAACGGAGCAGAACAAUGGGCGCAUCGUGGUGAGCCAGCUCAAUCCCUACACCCUGCGCAUCGAAGGCUCCUGGGACACGAGCUACGACAAGCGCUCUGCCUCCAAUGCGUUCAUGAUCUGCGGAGUCCUUUAUGUUGUCAAAACCGUCUAUGAAGAUGAUGACAACGAAGGCACGGGGAACAAGAUUGACUACAUGUACAACACUGAUAAGGGGAAAGAAAUGACGGUUAACAUACCCUUCCCUAAUUCCUACCAGUACAUAGCUGCAGUGGAUUACAACCCUAGAGACAACCUGCUGUAUGUGUGGAAUAACUACCACGUGGUCAAGUACUCGCUCGACUUCGGCAACAAUGACUUUCGCCCACCUCCCAUAAUCCCCCCAAACCGAGGAGGGGGACCAAUUGGUGGGGGAGGUUCCUCUUCAUCUACCAGCCGUGCCGCCACCACCACACGGUCUCCCCCCUCCUACACCACUCCAAGGCCUCUACUGACUACAUCCCCUGGUCAGCGGUAUCGAACAACCACCACUGUCCGCCAGCCCAUUCUGGUUCCUCCUGGAGGUUCAUCGUCUGACAGCAAUCAGAUUCCUGACACCAAUCAGAAAGUUGGGGGUCGAUCCCCUCCAGUGCAAGUCCCUCCAGCACCCCCACAGCCCCCAAUCCUCCCUCCUCAAGACUUCUGUAAUCCAGUAGUGACAGCCGACAUAUCGUGGCCUCGCACACAGCAGGGCCAGACGGCCAAACAGCCGUGCCCUGUAGGGACACUGGGCGUGGCUACAUACAUGUGCGUAGCUCAUUUGGGCCACUGGGAUACCCAAGGCCCUGACCUCAGCAAUUGCACGUCACCUUGGGUCAACCACAUCAUGCAGAAACUUCGGUCGGGCGAGACGGCAGCAAUUGUAGCCAGGGAACUGGCAGAGCAGACCAAAGGACUUCUGCAUCCUGGCGAUGUGCCAUCUACAGUGCGGGCCAUGGUCCAACUAGUCGAACUGCUGGACGUCCAACUCAGAAAUCUCACCCCUGGGGGCAAGGACAGUGCUGCCCGCAGCCUCACCAAGGCCAUGGUGGAGACCGUGAAUAAUUUGUUGCAUCCAAAAGCUGAGAAAGCGUGGCGAGAACUGCCCACCAGUGAGCAGCUUCAUUCGGCUACCCUGCUCCUCGACACCGUGGAGACCGGGGCUUUUAUGUUGGCUGACAACCUCCUGAAGACUGACACUGUGCAGGAGACUAAUGACUACAUCCUGCUGGAAGUAGCCAGGCUGAGCACGGAUGGGAACCUCGCAGACCUGACAUUCCCUCAGUCGGAACAACACGGAAACUCCAUCCAGCUGUCAGCCAGCACUCUGAAACAGCAUGGCAGAAAUGGUGAGAUCAGGAUGGUGUUUGUCAUGUACAAGAACUUGGGCUCCUACCUCUCCACGGAGAACGCCAGCGUCAGACUGAGCAGCGAUGCCAUCUAUCCUAAUUACUCUGUUAUCGUCAACUCCCCGGUCAUCACCGCAUCCAUUAACAAGGACAGCAAUAAGGUUUACCUGUCAGAGCCUGUGGUCUUCACUGUCAAACAUCUACAGCAUUCAGAAAAGAAUUUCAAUCCCAACUGUUCAUUCUGGAGCUACUCCAAGCGCACCAUGACGGGAUUCUGGUCUACGCAGGACUGUCGUCUGCUGGCCACCAAUCGUACACACACCAGCUGCUCCUGCACCCACCUUACCAGCUUUGCAGUGCUCAUGGCCCACGUGGAGGUCAAGAAAACAGACAGCAUGCACGACGUGCUCCUGGAUGUCAUCACGUGGGUGGGCAUCCUGUUGUCACUGGUUUGCCUGCUUAUCUGCAUCUUCACCUUCUGCUUCUUCAGAGGGCUUCAGAGCGAUCGCAACACCAUUCACAAGAACCUCUGCAUCAGCCUCUUCAUCGCUGAGUCUCUGUUUCUGUAUGGGAUCAACAAGGCCGACCAGCCGAUUGUCUGCGCAGUCUUUGCGGCCCUGCUCCAUUUCUUCUUCUUGGCAGCGUUCACCUGGAUGUUCCUGGAAGGGGUACAGCUCUACAUCAUGCUGGUAGAGGUGUUUGAGAGCGAACACUCCAGGACUAAGUACUUCUACCUGGCAGGAUAUGGAGUACCUGCUGUCAUAGUGGCCGUCUCCGCUGCUGUGGACUAUAGGAGCUACGGCACCGACCGAGUGUGCUGGCUGCGAUUGGAUACUUACUUUAUCUGGAGCUUCAUAGGCCCUGCUACACUCAUCAUUAUGCUGAAUGUAAUCUUCCUCGGCAUCGCUCUUUAUAAGAUGUUCCAUCAUACGGCCAUUCUCAAACCAGACUCUGGGUGUCUGGACAACAUCAAGUCCUGGGUGAUCGGGGCCAUAGCUCUGCUGUGUCUGCUCGGUCUGACCUGGGCGUUCGGGCUAAUGUACAUCAACGAGAGCACCGUGAUCAUGGCCUACCUUUUCACCAUCUUCAACUCUCUGCAGGGCAUGUUUAUCUUCAUCUUCCACUGCAUACUGCAGAAAAAGGUGCGUAAAGAGUACGGCAAAUGUCUGCGCACCCACUGCUGCAGCGGCAAGAGCGUGGAGACUUCUAUAUCCUCCUCCAGUAAAACCACCACCUCGCGGACCCCGGGCCGCUACUCCACAGGCUCACAGGUGAGCUUACCUGCCUGCACACCUGGACGCUACAGCACAGCAGAUUCUCAGAGUCGUAUCAGGCGGAUGUGGAAUGACACUGUGAGGAAACAGGAGUCCUCCUUCAUCACUGGAGACAUCAACAGCUCUGCUACGCUCAACAGAGGAGCCAUGGCUAAUCAUCUUAUAACUAAUGCUCUCCUUCGUCCCCAUGGUACUAACAAUCCUUAUAACACGCUCCUGGGGGACUCGGCAGUCUAUAACAACCCAGCUGUGGGCAUGUACAACACCCAAGCACCAUACCGAGACACAAAGGGCAUCCUGAACAACGCAAGAGACUCCAGUGUUAUGGAUACACUCCCUCUUAAUGGUAACCAUGCCAACAACUACAGCAUGGCGAGCAGUGAGUACUUGAGCGACUGUGUCCAGAUCCUCGACCGUAGCGCCGGCUACGGCACCCACGGCAACCACAAGGAGACAACUCUAGAGAAGAAGAUCCUCAAGGAGCUGACGUCCAACUAUAUCCCAUCUUACCUCAACAAUCAUGAGAGAGCAACCACGGAGCGCAAUCACAACCUCAUGAACAAACUGGUGAACAGCAGCAUGGCCAAUGGAGGGAGCCUGGCAGGGGGCAGCAGCAGCAGCAGCAGCAGUGGAGUUGGUGGAUGUGUGGGAGGCAGUAAAGAGGACAAUGGCCCCAUGGUACUAGACAACUCUGUAGCCUUCCCCCAUGAGGAGAACCUGGGUUUGGAGAUUAUCAGAGAGGAGUCCAAUGCACCUCUCCUGCCGCCACGGCCUCCUCCGCCAGACAGCCACCCCCCGCCGCCGCCGCCACCUCACAGUUUCUCCCGGCCACGGCGCAUUCCUCAAGAGACCAGCGAGAGCUUUUUUCCCCUGCUGACAAACGAGCACACUGAUGAGCACACGCACUCACCAAACCACAGAGACUCACUCUACACCAGCAUGCCAGUGCUGACGGACCUCCCAGAUGGGCAGAUGAAUGGUUUAACAGACGGAGAGGAAGACAGCUCCGGGGAGCUACAGCCCUGUAAGAGUGCUACUGCUCCUGAACUGGAUGAUGUCUAUUAUAAGAGCAUGCCAAACUUGGGCUCCAGGAAUCACCUUCACGAGCUGCAGAGCUACUACCACAUGGGCCGUGGUGGCAGUGAUGGAUAUAUGGUCUCUGGGAGCAAGGAUGAGUCCGAUUCAUCACCCGAGGAGCCGCCUGUAGACCCUUCUCACCUGGUUACCAGUCUAUAGAGGCAGUCGAGACUUCUGUCCCUCCCCAGCCCACCUUUACACUUUCAACCUUUCAGUGAAAACAUUCUGUGUUGUUGACUGACAGACUGAGCUGGCCCGACCCUGGAUUGAGGUACUGUGUGUAACAUUAACGGCGGCCCAUGACAAUAUGAUUGAGACAUCACUGGCCAGUUAAAAGCAGGGAUUGAAUGUACUGUCAUAAAAGGUGCAGACUGAGAGGGCAGCUCUAAAAGACUUUUUGUGAACAUCAAGCCAGAAUGGAAUGUUUGAACUCAGAACAGAAAAGGAACGGGGAGGGAUUCUGUAAUUUUACCGUACCUGUUACUUUUAUUUGGAAUCUUCGGAUUGACCGUAGCCCUACAAGUUUACCAAUAUGGACCUCUAGCAGAUUAUAGCAUAUAGUCUCCACUACCACCACAACAGGGCCCAGGCCCCCAGCCCUGGGUGAAAAGAGCUGCCUGUCUGUUUGUCUGUAUGUCUGUCUGUCUGUCUAACUCUUAAAGACGCAUAUGUUGGAUGACGUUUCCACGACAAUAAAGGGUAGAGCAGGACGUCAGACUCUGGUGUUCACAGCAUAAACUGGCCCCAAAGAAGCACCGCUACCUGCCAAUCAAGUGAAGGAUGUAUGAUAUAUGCCCUCACUAACAAUCACCCAAAAAAAAGAAAAAAAAAAAAAAGAAAAGAAAAGAAAAAGAACCACUGAUAUUAUUUGGGCGGCUGAACUGUAACCAUAUCAAACUGAUGUUCGAAGUUCUCUUCCUGUUCGUAUCUGCUAAACUGGAGUUGUGUCUGGGCUGGUGUAACAUUCCUGCAAGUCGUAGUGACAGCGGCUACUGUGUAUUUCACUGAAAACAAAGAAGGAAGAUCAUAUUACAACAGACUGAAGUGAAAAAAAAAGUUCUGUUUCUUCUCCUUUCUUCUGUAAAAGUUUUCCGUUAUCAAAGGAUUAUGAAGAAAUCACAAACUGUUUCUAUGUAUUGUACAGAAUCCAGAUACAGAUACAAAUGUUGCAUAUGACCAAGUCUUUUAUUUUAUAAUCCUAAGUUGCAAACCUUUUGUGUGUGAAAACGUUCUGAAAUGCAAUGAUAUGUUCUGUUCACGAGAGGACUGCAGAACGAGCAAGAAACAAUCUUUCAUGUCACUCUCUCGUAAUGCAGAGGCGGUCAAGCACCCCUUAAUUAAUACGCAUAUACCCUACGCACACUUCAUCCUGGUCCUUUUUAUAGCAACACCACUGUCACGUACAUUUUGCAAAUUAGUUGUUACUAUAUACUUUGCCACUUGUGUAGAUUUAAACCAAGCAGGAAACUGAAGUAGUUAAGAGACGAAGGAAGCGAUUACUAUGGAAAUGCUACAUUUUAGACUUUUGAUGGAAGAGGAUCUCAUCUCAUUUUGACCCUGCGCGAGGGGCCUCGGUGUGAAAAAUUACAAAGACGCCAGAUUUAAGACGUAGCACAAAAAUAGUUUUUAAAAACAUAUCCUCUGCCAAAUAUUCUAGCAACUGAUAAUAACUUACAGUGCUGUUUGAGGUCUUAUUGUACAGAAAAAUGCUCAGAGAAUCUACUAUUUUACAAAGGGGUCAGUCUUACCAAUGAAAUAUCAUGGCUACACCAUAUUUGUGUACUGAAAAUGUGAAAAAUCUGCACACAAGAGCACUGUCCAAUGUGGGAAGCCAAUGUUUACUUAUUUAGCAGGAAAAUGAAUAAGUGUAUGAAGUGUAGCUUGCACAUGUAUUCCACAAACCCCGCCAUGUCCCCAAGAGAGAAAUUAUUUAUUUAUCAGUUUAUUGGUUUAAAUACAGCAAAACAAGCUCAGAGGAAAGAAAGCUGGCAGGAGUAAAUAAAGUGGCACUGGGUUUGUUUUUUUUAAUUUUUUUAAUUUUUGGGGUUUUUCAUUUCUUUUUUUAAAUUAUUAUGAUCUUGAUUAUUAUUACAAUAUUACUGCUAAUUAUUUAUUCUUUUUGUAUGGGUUCCACGUUGAAUGAUCUCAUAACUAAUAUUUGUUGUAACAGUGAAAGUUGUUUGCCAACAAAUAAAUUACUGACAUAGC